GUUCAAUGUUCAACUUAUUUACAUAUACAAGUGCUUCAUCAUCUAUACCCAACGAUGUAUACUAAGCUGUUUAAAGGGCAAUUAAAUGUUUAAUUGUGGCCUAUUAAAAAGUAAAGUUGAAUUUUAAACAUAGUCUGUAAAUAUUAUUAUUUGUGAUAAGUAAUUAUCUUUGAACUCAAGUCUGUGUGCUUUCAUUUCAAUACAAUGAAAGAUCCAAUAGUUAAAAUAUCCUCUGGUAAAAUACAGGGCAAAAAGGAUUUUGAUGUGAACGGUGAAGAAUAUUAUUGUUUUUUGGGUAUACCCUAUGCAGAGCCACCCUUAGGAAAACUUAGAUUUAAGGACCCACAACCUAUAAGACCUUGGAGAAAUAUUUUUGAUGCAACUGAAGAGGGUUCAGCAUGUGCUCAAGUAGACUUAAUAACAAAAGAAAGAAUAGGAACAGAAGACUGUCUAAACUUGAAUGUUUUUACUAAAAAGAUUUCAGAUAUAAAAUCAUAUGACUUAAAACCGGUAAUGGUGUUCAUACAUGGGGGAGCAUAUCUAUCAGGCUCAAAUUCUCAGAGUCUUUAUGGAGCAAACUUUUUGAUUGCUGAAGAUGUUGUCUUGGUGACCAUAAAUUACAGACUUGGAAUUUUCGGCUUUUUUAACAUUGAUGACGAAAGUUUGGAUGUGCCAGGUAAUCAAGCCUUUAAAGACAUGUUGUUAGCUCUGAAAUGGGUGCAAGAAAACAUAAGAAAAUUCUGUGGUGAUUCAAACAACGUUACAUUGUUUGGGGAGAGUGCUGGGUCAGGAUCUGCACAUUUGCUAAUGCUGUCACCAUUAUCAAAAGGCAAGAAAACCCACCCCUAUAGAUUGUUUCAUAAAGUUAUUGCUCAAAGUGGCUGUGCCAUCAAUGGUUGGAACUACAGAAGAAAAAGUGCUACAGAGGAAAUAGCAAAAAAAUUAAAUAUGUCUUGUAGGGAUCCCAAAAAGUUUCUAGAUGACAUUCAGGCAGUUCCAUUGGAAACAAUUGUAGAUGUGCAAUUGCAAUAUGAAAAGGAAGAAGACCUGGGUAACACAGAUCGUUACAUAGGGUUAUUAAUCGAAAAACCUCACCCAAACGCUUUUCUAACCAAACACCCCUGGGACAUUAUCAAAAAAGGCGAUUACCACCAUGUUCCCUUGAUGAUGGGUUACAAUACAGGGGAAGGUAUGCUGUUUAAAGCACUGAUACCAAAAAAUAAAAGAUCAGUUUAUUGGGAAUGCCCAGAAAUCAACGUUCCAGAUUUGUUGGGAUUCAGAACCGGUUCUGAGGUGUCGAAAGCUUUUGGAAAAAAGAUUACUGAUUACUAUAUGGGACCUGGGCCCCAUACGUUGGAUAAUACUCUGGAAAAAAUGUUUAUGAUGACAUCAGACAAUUGUUUUGUUUGGGGUAUAAAUUAUUGUGUUAGAAAACAUGCUUCAUACUCUUCAGAACCAAUAUAUUUCUAUAGAAUGUCCAUAGAAACAGAAUUAAAUACUUUUAAGAUUUUGUCCAACAUAAAUUCACCAGGGGUAUCACAUGCUGAUGACUUGGGUUACCUCUUUAAAAGCGCGCUUACUCCAGACAUAGAACCUGGCAGCAUGGAGGACAUAGGGAGGCGAAGAUUUUGUAGGAUGUGGACGAAUUUUGCAAAAUACGGCGACCCCACUCCUGUGAGUGAUUCGCUUGUGCCCAUCAAAUGGCUUCCAGUCGGUGAUAAUAAAUUAUGUUUUCUUGAUAUAGGGAAAGAGUUACAAAUGCUGGAAAAUCCGGAUAAGAAACGAAUGGACUUCUGGGACGAUAUUUACAAGAGCAAAGAUUUGAGUUGUAAAUUAUAGUUUUUGUUGUUUUAUUUGUUACAGGGUAAACCACAUAGUUAUUGGAUACUUAAGGAAUAUUAUUUACGUUUACUUAAAAUUUAUUUA